AUGAGUGUUGAGGAUGUCGCUGAGGACGACUCAGUGAGCGAUUCGGUUUUGGCAGAGGCCAAAGCAGAAUUCCGGCACUACAUUUGCAAGAACCUUCCGUCUCUGCCAUUGAAUACGAGCCCAGACACUUUUUCCGAGGCAGUGAACAAGGCAUAUAAGGAAAAGGUCGAGCCUCCACCUCUAGCCGACGCCGCGACAGCAAAACAGGGCCGUGCUGUUACUGUAGCCGAUGUGUUGUUGAGAGCACACAUUGGAACGGCACGGUUGGCUGUCGAAGCCCUGCAAGCUCCAGGAAAGCUACCUGAACUUUUUGCAAAGACGGAAGACAUUUUGCUCCCAUAUCUCGAUGCCUUGCAUGGUGCAAAGAUGAACUCCAAUAACUACAAGAUAUACCUGGAGCUGACACAGAAAUUCGAGCAUCGCUUCUUCGAGGACAUGAAUGCGCUUAAUGUCCUGGCUCCUGACCACAUAACUCGCGUGACCGAGUAUGUCCCUCAGAUUGUCCCCUUCAUUGAGAAGAUUGUGGCAAACGGUUUCGGUUACGCUACGCCCGACGGCUCCGUAUAUUUCGAUAUUGACUCCUUUGAGAAGGCUGGGCACAGCUACUCCCGGAUUCGAGGCUUGAAGAUGAGCAAGAGCCUCAAGAACUAUACGACCAUUAAAACUGUUCUCUCCCAAAAGGAGUGGAACCAGCAAUUAUUAAGUGCCCUGGAUAAGACCAAAGCCGAUGUCGAUACAGCUCUCUGUGAUUCCUUCAACACCUCAGCUGCCGUGAGAAUUCUCUCUGAUCUUGUUACCAAGUUCAACUCGGCAGAGGCACUUUCAGAUCAGACAGUCAUCUUGCUCGCCCGGUGGAUAACACGUAUCGUCACCAUAUUUGGUCUGGAUCCCGAGGGAGAUCUCAGCAACCUUAAUCGUAUAGGGUGGUCAGGCCUCGAUAUUCCCGCGCCAGAAAAGUCGUAUAUCUACCCUGUAUCUCAAUUGCGUGACAAGAUUCGAAUGUUGGCCUGUUCCCGCUCGGUCGAUUAUACAGCUAUAGCGAAGCUCGCUGACGGAAUUACGAUUGCAGUGUCAACACCAGUAGUCGAGUCCUCCAAACCAUACGAUCAGGUGCUGCAGCAGUUCCGCACCAACGUCAAGGACCUCGCGGCUCAGCGAGCGCCGGCAAAAGACCUGCUCGCCUUAUGCGACCAGCUCCGCGAUAUACACCUCUGA